AUGGUCUCGAAGAGGAAGAGGACAAUCGCGACCGUCGCAGAGACCGACAGCACUAUCGCGUUAGAUUCGCCUGUACCGGUCGUGCCUGCUACGGGCGCAGCUUUGGUGAGCACCCCAGAGGAGGCGCAAGAUCUGAUCCGCAGGGUGUCUACGCGGAAGAAGAAGACAGUGGUGUACACCGAAGACGUUACUCAGCAGGUGGACGACUCACUCGAUAACGUCUUCGACGGCCCGCUGACCGACCUGGAGGAGGAUGAGCUCGUCGACGAAGAGCCGUCGCCCAAGAAGAAGCGGAGGCGCAAGAAGGUGGAGGAGCCCAUUGUCUAUGACAUACCUCCAGUUGAGACGAAAGAGACAAACUUCAAAGGUCGUCUUGGAUAUGCGUGCUUGAAUACAGUCCUUCGUGCGCUCAAGCCCGAUCCUGUCUUCUGCUCACGGACGCUUCGCAUCGACACCAUCCUCAAGCCCGACUACGGCAUGGAUUAUUGCAAGGAACUGGGCAGGAAGAACGCGGAAGACUUGUCUCGGCUCAUUGAAUGGAACGAAGAGAACAACAUCAAGUUCUUGCGGAUCUCUUCGGAGAUGUUCCCGUUCGCGUCGCACGACACGUACGGAUACUCCCUGGACUAUGCGGACAGGGAGCUCAAAGCUGCCGGAGACCUCGCAAGGAAAUACGGGCAUAGACUCACUUCGCAUCCCGGUCAAUACACCCAACUCGGCUCUCCGCGAGAGGUUGUUGUCACAGCCGCCAUCCGCGAUCUUGCAUACCACUGCCAGAUGUUCCGUCUUAUGGGUCUCGACCAAGACAGCGUCAUGAUCAUCCACAUGGGUGGCAUGUUUGGGGACAAGCCGGCAACGAUUGAGCGGUUCAAGGAAGCGUACCGGACUAGACUCACUGACGAGAUGCGAGCGCGUCUCGUGCUUGAGAAUGACGAGAUGUGCUAUAAUCCGGACGAUUUGCUCCCUGUAUGCGAGGAACUCGAUAUUCCUUUGGUUUUCGAUUACCAUCAUAACUGGAUAUACCCUUCAGAGAAGCCGAUCCCUGAGCUCAUCGAACAGAUCAACGCGAUCUGGCACCGCAGAGGCAUCAAGCCUAAACAGCACCUCUCCGAGCCUUGUCCCGGCGCGGAGACAGUCAUGGAGAAGCGGAAGCAUGCAGACCGCUGUAUGACGCUUCCCCCGGACCUGCCUGAAGAUAUGGAUUUGAUGAUUGAGGCAAAGGACAAGGAGCAGGCGGUAUUGCACCUUUACAGGGUAUACAACUUGCAACCUGUGAUACACGAGAACCUCCGUCCGGAGAAGCCCCCAAAGCCGUUCCCACGUGCGUGCGUCGGCGAGGAUGGAGAGGGUGGGGAGAACGGCACGUCGAGUUCCCCACGCAAGCGGCGGACGAGGACGAAAGCCAAGCCAGAGGAAGACGCUGCAGGUACGGAUUUCAACUUGGAGGUGGAUCGUUUCAGUUUGACCUAUGAUUGCGUUCCUGCGGCUUUAAAAGAGCUCAUCAUCACUGGAGUCGCGGCUGAACCGAAGGACCUCGACGAUACGGAGGAGCCAGACCCUGCUGCGAUGAUGCCGUCGAAGGGCAAGGGAAAAACGAAGACCAGGGUCAGGGCGCCGAAGAAGGAAGGGAAGAGCCCGCGCACGCCAAGGGGUGGGAAGCGUGGGAAGGGCGCUGCGGAGGGUAAGGGCGUGAAGGACGGGGACGAGAGCGGAGAUCUUGGACAGGGCUCCCUGGUGGUUGGAAGUGGUGGACAAUCGGGGGCGGAGGUGAAUGAAGGUGUGUGA